UCUCGCGGCAACUGCAGGAAGGCGCCAAAAGAAGAAAAACCUUGAGAAGUAUCGCAGCCACAAUAACAGAGGGGAAAUAGGCCAAAAACGAGCCUUUUACGCUACGCUAUGUGACUAACUUCAUUUUUAAUAUAGAGAUUUUAGGCUUAGUUGGUUAGUUUUUUUCGUCUGGUACAGAGAGCUAAUAACAGAAGAUGGUUUUGCAGAACAGCGGACGAUACAGAGCGGACAGGGGCCAACCUGGAGCAGACCAAGACAACCAGGAUGAUGGAUCUUCCAUGUCGGCGCUCAAGCGGCUGGAGCGCAGCCAGUUUACCGAUGACAUGGACGCCCGCUUCGGCUUUGACAGGAUCAAGGAACCCGGGGAGAAAACCGGCUGGCUGAUCAACAUGCACCCCACGGAGAUCCUGGAUGAAGACAAAAGGAUGAUCAGUGCUGUGGACUAUUAUUUUAUCCAGGAGGACGGGAGCAGAUUCAAGGUGGCUCUACCCUUCAAGCCUUACUUCUACGUAGCAACUAAAAAGAACUGCGAGCGAGAGGUCAUCUCCUAUUUAUCCAAGAAGUUCCAAGGAAAGGUGGCAAAACUUGAAAUUGUUCCAAAGGAGGACUUGGACUUGCCGAACCAUCUAGUUGGACUGAAGAGAAACUACAUCAAGCUCUCAUUCAACACCGUGGACGACCUCAUCAAAGUCAAGCGUGAGAUUUCUCCUGCCGUACGCAAGAAUAGAGAGAGGGAACAGUCCAACGACGCCUACACGUCCAUGUUGUCCAGCGCUCUAGCAGGAGGCAGUGUGACCUCGGCUGACGAUGACGGGACGCUCAAGAGUAUCGCUGACCAGCUGGAUAAUAUAGUGGACAUGAGAGAGUAUGAUGUGCCGUAUCAUGUCCGCGUGUCCAUCGACCUGAAGAUUCAUGUGGCUCACUGGUACAACGUCCGAUACAGAGGCAGCACCUUUCCACCAGAGAUAGUGCGAAGAGACGAUCUAGUGGAGCGCCCGGACCCGGUUGUUUUGGCUUUUGAUAUCGAAACCACCAAACUUCCUCUGAAAUUCCCAGACGCGGAGACGGACCAGAUCAUGAUGAUCUCCUACAUGAUUGACGGACAGGGCUUUCUAAUCACAAACAGGGAGAUCGUCUCCGAGAACAUCGAGGACUUUGAGUUCACCCCCAAACCGGAAUAUGAAGGGCCUUUCACAGUUUUUAACGAGGAUGACGAGGCGGCUCUUAUCCAGAGGUGGUUCGAUCACGUUCAGGAAACCAAGCCAAACAUCUUCGUAACCUACAACGGAGACUUCUUUGACUGGCCUUUUGUUGAGACGCGUGCAGCACUCCAUGGGCUUAGCAUGCACCGGGAAAUUGGUUUUCAGAAGGAUAGCCAGGGAGAGUAUAAAUCCACUCAAGCCAUCCACAUGGACUGCCUCAGGUGGGUAAAGAGGGACAGCUACCUGCCUGUAGGGAGUCACAAUCUGAAGGCAGCAGCCAAGGCUAAACUAGGCUACGACCCAGUGGAGCUGGACCCAGAGGAGAUGUGCCGUAUGGCGACUGAAGAGCCGCAGACCUUAGCUACCUACUCUGUGUCAGAUGCUGUGGCCACAUAUUACCUUUACAUGAAAUAUGUUCACCCGUUCAUCUUCGCCCUGUGUACCAUCAUCCCCAUGGAGCCCGAUGAGGUGCUGCGUAAAGGUUCUGGUACCCUGUGUGAAGCCUUGCUCAUGGUGCAGGCCUUCCACGCCAACAUCGUGUUCCCCAACAAGCAGGAGCAGAUCUUUAACAAGCUGACAGACGAUGGUCACGUCCUGGAUUCAGAGACUUAUGUGGGCGGCCAUGUGGAGGCGCUAGAGUCCGGAGUUUUCCGCAGUGACAUCCCCUGUCGUUUUAAAAUGAACCCAGCCGCGUUCGACUUCCUGCUUCAAAGAGUGGAGAGGACGAUGCGUCACGCCAUCGAAGAGGAGGAGAAGAUUCCUCUGGAGCAGGUUACCAAUUUUAACGAGGUAUGCGAUGAAAUCAAAAAGAAGCUGACUUCCUUGAAGGACGUUCCAAACAGGAUCGAAUGCCCCCUCAUCUACCAUCUGGAUGUCGGGGCGAUGUACCCCAACAUCAUUCUGACAAACCGUCUGCAGCCGUCAGCUAUGGUCGAUGAGGCCACAUGUGCUGCCUGUGACUUUAACAAACCCGGGGCCACCUGCCAGAGGAGGAUGGCGUGGCAGUGGAGAGGAGAAAUCAUGCCUGCAAGCCGCAGUGAGUUCCACCGCAUCCAGCAGCAGCUAGAGUCGGAGAAGUUCCCCCCUCUGUUCCCUAAUGGUCCUCCUCGGGCCUUCCACGCUCUGAACAGGGAGGAGCAGGCCAAACACGAGAAGAAACGCCUCGCAGAUUAUUGUAAGAGGGCCUACAAGAAGGUUCAUGUGACGCGAUUGGAGGAGCGAGUCACCACCAUCUGCCAGAGAGAAAACUCCUUCUACGUCGACACAGUCAGAGCAUUCAGGGAUCGCCGUUAUGAAUUCAAAGGACUCCACAAAGUGUGGAAGAAGAAGCUGUCGGCUGCUCAGGAUAACGGAGAUGCUGCUGAGGUGAAACGCUGUAAAAACAUGGAGAUCCUGUAUGAGUCUCUUCAGCUGGCUCAUAAAUGCAUCCUUAACUCCUUCUAUGGCUAUGUCAUGAGAAAAGGAGCGCGCUGGUACUCCAUGGAGAUGGCUGGCAUCGUCUGCUUCACUGGAGCGAACAUCAUAACUCAGGCCAGAGAGCUCAUUGAACAAAUAGGGAGACCCCUGGAGUUGGACACUGACGGGAUCUGGUGUGUCCUCCCUAACACCUUCCCUGAGAACUUUGUGGUAAAAACCAGCAAUGAGAAAAAGCCCAAAGUGACGAUCUCUUACCCGGGGGCCAUGCUCAACAUCCUGGUGAAAGAGGGAUUCACCAAUGACCAGUAUCACGAGCUGGUGGACCCGACGUCACUAACUUACAACGUUCGGGCAGAGAACAGCAUCUUCUUCGAGGUGGACGGACCUUAUCUGGCAAUGAUUCUGCCUGCCUCCAAAGAGGAAGGGAAGAAGCUGAAGAAGAGGUAUGCUGUGUUUAAUGAGGACGCUUCCUUGGCUGAGCUCAAAGGUUUUGAGGUGAAGAGGAGAGGUGAGCUCCAGCUCAUUAAGAUUUUCCAGUCCUCUGUCUUUGAGGCUUUUCUCAAAGGCACCACUCUGGAGGAGGUCUACGCUUCAGUGGCCAAAGUGGCCGACUACUGGCUGGACGUGCUCUAUAGCAAGGCCGCCAACAUGCCAGAUGCUGAGCUGUUUGAGCUGAUCUCAGAGAACCGCUCCAUGUCCAGGAAGCUGGAGGACUACGGCGAGCAGAAGUCCACGUCCAUCAGCACGGCAAAGAGGUUGGCCGAGUUCCUAGGAGACCAGAUGGUGAAAGACGCAGGUCUGAGCUGUCGUUACGUCAUCUCCAGAAAACCAGAGGGUUCCCCUGUCACAGAAAGGGCCAUUCCUCUGGCCAUCUUCCAGGCAGAGCCCAGUGUGAAGAAACAUUUCCUUCGGAAGUGGUUAAAGAUGCCGAGCCUGCAUGACUUGGACAUUCGCUCUAUCCUGGAUUGGAGUUAUUACAUUGAGAGGUUGGGUAGUGCAAUCCAAAAAAUCAUCACUAUCCCUGCAGCUCUGCAGCAGGUGAAGAACCCAGUCCCAAGAGUGAGGCAUCCCGACUGGCUUCACAAGAAGCUGCUGGAGAAAAACGAUAUAUACAAGCAAAAGAAAAUCAGCGAACUGUUCACCAGUGAGGGCAAGAGACAGAUUGCCCACCAGCCUCUUGAAGCUGGGCAAACUGUAGACAUGGAGGACUUUGGGAUGCCACCUAAACCCCUGCAGCCAGCCAUCCUCAUCAGCACCAAGAGGAAGCGGGUUUCUCAAGGAGAGGACAGCCAGGUGGAGUCGCAGGACGUGGAGCUCACACAGUCCUGGAGAGAAAUCCUGGGACCUCCACCCCCUAUGGGGAAAACACGGGAGGAGCGACUUGUGUGGCUGCGUUAUCACAAGAAAAAAUGGGAGCUGCAGCUGAGGCAGAGAAAGGAGAAGAAGAAGAGAAGGAAACUGCUGGACGGAGAAUCCCAACCUGUGGGGGGAGUCAUUAGAGGUGGGCCCACCACCGGACUGGGAAGCUUUCUGCGCCGAACAGCACGCAGCAUCCUGGACAUGCCAUGGCAGAUUGUUCAGAUUGCAGAGACCAACCACCCUGGUCUGUAUAAGCUGUGGGCUGUGAUUGGAAACGACCUUCACUGCAUGAAACUAAACAUCCCGCGCGUUUUCUACGUCAACCAGAAGGUACCAAAACAAGACGACGGAGGAGUCGCUUACAGGAAGGUGAACCGCAUGCUGCCUCGCUCCAACAUUGUGUACUACCUCUAUGAGUACUCUGUGCCAGAAGACAUGUAUCAGAAGCACAUCAAUGAGAUCAAUGCUGACCUCUCUGCUCCAGACAUUGAAGGUGUCUAUGAAACACAGGUCCCCCUGCUGUUCCGUGCAUUGGUGCAGCUGGGAUGUGUUUGCAUGGUGAACAAACAUGUGGUCAGGGAUCUGGCCGGCAGGGAGACCGACUCCUUCGACCUGGCACAUCUGGAGAUGAGGUCUCUGGCCCAGUUCAGCUACCUGGAACCUGGGAGUGUUCGCCACAUAUAUUUAUACCAUCACAGCCAAGGUCAGAAGGCUCUGUUCGGCCUGUUUAUCCCCUCUCAGCGCAAAGCAAGCAUCUUCGUCCUGGACACGGUGAGAAGCAACCAAAUGCCCAACCUGAGUAAUCUCUACACAGCUGAGCGGGUUGCUCUCUUGGAGAAGACGACAGAGGAGCUUCUGCCUCCAGAAAAACACGCCUUCGAGGUUCGAGCUGAAAAUGACAUCAAAGCCAUCUCUCGCGCUCUUCAGCGCAUCCUGCUGAACUACAAGGAUGAGCGGCGGGGGCCUACUCUCAUCGCUGUGCAGUCUAACUGGGAGCUGCGGCGACUGGCAGCCGGGAUGCCUGUGCUUGAGGAGUUCCCAGUCGUUCCAGUACAUGUGGUGGACGAGAUCAGCUACAAUGUGCUGGACUGGCAACGCCUCGGUGCCCGCCGCAUGAUCCGUCAUUACCUCAACCUGGACAGCUGCCUGUCGCAGGCUUUCGACAUGGCCAGAUAUUACCACCUUCCUGUGGGGAACCUGCCUCAGGAUGUGUCCAUCUUUGGCUCAGAUUUGUUCCUAGCGAGACAUUUACGGAAACACAACCACCUGCUGUGGCUUUCUCCCACCUCAAGACCAGACCUUGGAGGAAAGGAGGCUGAUGACAGUCGCUUGGUCAUGGAAAACGACGAGAGGGGUUCUGUGGAGAUAAACUCUCAGGGAUGUUACUCCACAGCUUGUGUGGAGUUGGACCUGCAGAGUCUGGCAGUAAACACAAUCCUCCAGUCGCAACAUGUCAACGACAUGGAGGGCGGAGCCAGUCUGGGCGUCAGUUUUGAUGUGAUCCAGCAGGCCUCGUUGGAGGACAUGAUGUCAGGAAACCAGGGCGCCAGCGCUUUGGCUAGCUACGACGAGACGGCGCUGUGCUCCAACACCUUCAGGAUCUUAAAAAGCAUGGUGGUGGGAUGGGUGAGGGAGAUCACACAGUACCACAACGUUUAUGCAGACAACCAGGUGAUGCAUUUCUACCGCUGGCUGCGCUCUCCGAGUUCUCUGCUCUAUGACCCGGCGCUGCAUCGCACCCUGCACAACAUGAUGAAGAAGGUGUUUCUGCAGCUAGUUGCUGAGUUCAAACGUCUCGGGUCAACCGUGGUGUAUGGGAACUUUAACAGGAUCAUCUUGUGCACAAAAAAACGAAGGAUUGACGACGCUGUUGCCUAUGUGGAAUACAUCACCAACAGCAUACAUACGAAAGAAAUCUUCCACUCUCUGUCCAUUUCCUUUUCACGAUGCUGGGAGUUCCUGUUGUGGAUGGACCCAGCCAACUACGGUGGUGUGAAGGGCAAACUGCCUUCCAGCAUUUUGUACGGGGAGGAAGGAGCCAAACAGAAAACACACAAACAAGGAGACGAAGAUGAAGGCAGUGAAGAUGAAGAUGAGGAUGCUGUGGAAGAAGAUGAUGGAGAUGCAGAGACUGAUGAGGUUGAAGAGCUGAUAGAGAGCAACUGGAAUAUCAUGCAUUAUCUCCCCCAAACAGCCUCCUGUCAGAAAUACUUUCUCAUGAUUAUAUCAGCCUACAUAGCUGCAGUCUACCACAGCAUGAAAGAGGAGCUAAGACGCAAUGCUCCUGGAGCAACGCCUAUCAAGAGACGUGGAGGCAGCCAGGCAUCCCAGCAGGCAGCCGGAGACUUGAGUGCGCUUCCUGGAAUGAUCUCCUUCUCCCAGGAGUACGUGGCCAGUGAGCUGACCCAAAACAUUUUCACUAUCACCCAAAAGAUCCAGAAAAAAGUUACGGGAACCAGAAACGUAACCCAGACCUCGGAGAUGUUCCCCGUCCUGCCCGGUUCACAUCUGCUGCUCAACAAUCCAGUGCUUGAGUUUGUCAAAUACGUCUGUCAGGUCCUUUCACUAGAUGCUAACAUCGUGAAUCAGGUAAACAAGCUAAAGAGAGACCUCCUGCGACUCGUGGAUGUGGGAGAGUUUUCUGAGCAAGCCCAGUUUCGUGAUCCCUGUAACUCCUAUAUACUGCCAGAAGUCAUCUGUCACCAUUGCAACUUCUGUCGGGACCUGGAUCUCUGCAAAGACCCAUCUGUGGCACAGGAUGGGUCUGUUUUGCCUCAGUGGUUCUGCUCAAACUGCCAGAUGCAAUAUGAAACUGACUCUAUUGAGAUGGCGCUGGUGGAAGCUCUGCAGAAGAAACUUAUGAGCUACACUCUGCAGGAUCUGGUGUGCACCAAAUGCAAAGGGGUGAAAGAAGCCAACAUGCCCCUUUACUGCACAUGUGCUGGAGACUUCAACCUGACUUUUUCAGCCAAGAGCUUCUCCGAGCAGAUCACGGUCUUUCGAAACAUAGCUUCCCACUACAACAUGAGAUUCCUGGAGGAGACCAUUGAAUGGCUGCUUGUGAUGAGCCCUCAGUUCAGCCAGAACAGGAACUGAUGAGAAACGCAGUGAAAAUUCCUCCCACUGUGGAUCUGGAAAACACUGAGUGCUGAAACCCCGCACAGCUAAGCAGCUAUCAUCUCAGGUUUUGUUAUUAUUGAUGGACAGUGAUCAGCUUGCAAGGUGGAGAAAGUGUGGGACUGUAAAUAUGGUUAAAUGUGUGUCUGUUUUCCAUUUAGAUUUUUAUAUUUGUAUGAAUGUCAGAUGUUGAAUAAUAAAGCAGAAGUCCUUAAACUUUGUAAUUUCUUUUAUGCCUUUGACUUUAAAUCUGAGAUUAAAAAGCCAUCAUCUUUCCAAA